UCGAUCGCUCGCUCGCUCGCUCAGUACAACAAGUUUGUUCUCAAUCGAUAUUAUCUGAAAAUCGAUUGAUUUGAUUUGUGGUUGGAUCCCAUCAGAAACCGUGAAAGAGAAGAAGGCAAAAAAAAAAAAAAGAUGGCUGGAAGAUUGAGCGGUGUGGCAUCACGAAUCAUGGGUGGAAACGGCGUCGUCGCCAGAUCCGUCGGGUCUUCACUUCGUCAACGCUCCGGAAUGGGUCUCCCCGUCGGCAAACACAUCGUCCCCAAUAAGCCUCUUUCGGUUAACGACGAGCUCAUGUGGGACAACGGGACUGCCUUUCCCGAACCUUGCAUUGAUCGUAUUGCUGAUACCGUCGGAAAGUAUGAAGCAUUGGCAUGGUUGAGUGGCGGUCUAGGGUUCUUUGCGGCUCUUGGUCUGCUCGCUGUUUUCAACGACAAAGCUUCCACAGUUCCUUUUACACCAAGAGUGUACCCUUAUGACAACCUGAGAGUUGAGCUUGGAGGAGAGCCAUAGAGACCCAUAACAUAAAGUGAUC